UAAAUUGCUGCACUGUAAUUUAACAUUUGUAAACUUAACUUUUUGUUACUUCAAUACAAUUUUUUAGAUUGUUACAUUUACACGAUACAAUUGACUUUAUUUUUACAAUAUUUAACAGUAUAUUAUAGUAUCGUAAUUAUAUAAAAAACAAAUUUAAAAAAUGACCAUUAAGUGGGGAAUAUUAGGUACUAGUAAUAUUUCCCACGAUUUUGUUACAGCAAUGGUAACGCUACCUCCCACAGAACACUACGCUAUUGCAGUAGCAUCAAAAGAUUCAUUGCGAUCACAAGAAUUUGCUAAACAAUUUGGAAUUCCAAAGGCGUACGAUUCAUAUUUAGCCGUUGCGAAGGAUACUGAAGUUGAUAUAGUUUAUAUUGGUACAUUGAACGAAUAUCAUUAUUCACUAUGUAAAUUGAUGCUGGAAAAUGGAAAAAAUGUAUUAUGCGAAGAACCGUUUUGUCAAAAUGUAAAACAAGUCAAAGAGCUUAUAGAGUUGGCCAAGAACAAGCGUUUGUUUCUCAUGGAGUCUAUGUGGAUGUUUUUUACACCUGCAUUUGUAACUUUAAAAAACGAAAUUGCCAAAGGUACUAUUGGAAUACCUUUACAAAUUAUAUCUUCUUUUGGAACGCCAAUGCCUGAGUUCUUAAUACAACAACGGAACAGUGGAGGAUCUAUAAUCGAACUGGGUGUGUUUUCGAUAUACUUGAGUCAGAUGUUAUUUGGUCCGGACAAACCGCAAAUCUAUGGUGCUUGUGGACAAACGACCGAUAAAGGGUACGAUAAGGACGCUAGUGUAGUACUCAAAUACAGUGCUGGCCGUAUAUCUUCCUUUACUAGUCAUUUUAAAGUAAAGUUACCCAAUGAAGCAGUUAUAUAUGGUACAAAAGGAAAUAUUAAACUUUAUAAUCCAUUUUGGGCUGCAUCCAAAAUUACCAUUAAUGGUGUUGAUACCGAUAUUGAUCAGCCACAAACUAAAUGGCCUACUAAGUACAGAAAUAGCGUACAGUUUAUUUAUGAAAUUAAUGAAGUCGGAAAAUGUCUUAUAAACAGUCAAAAUCAAUCGAGUGUAAUUCCAUGGUCUUUAAGUAUAGAAAAUGCAGUUUUAUUAGACAAUAUAAGAAAAACUUUAGGUGUAACAAUUAAUGAAAAUGAAGAGGUUGUUAUUUAAAAAUAUUGCAAACUAUAUUACAAAAAUCAUUUUUUAAAACUACUUUUGCGAUGGAAUUAAACAAAAAAAUAAUCGAUCUUUUAAAUAAAAUGUUUUUAUCUAUGGCAA